ACCACCCAACGGAUAUUCAUAUAUAUCCCAAUCCCUUCCAAACCCUCCACCACAACAAUCCAUUACAGAGAGAAAGAGGGGGAGAGAGAGAGAGACCGAACAAAGUUAAGAAAAAUGGCCGAAGAAUGCAGUGUUGCAAUCUCUUCUUCCUCUGCGCGGCUAACGCAGCAAAAUUGGUGGGAUCUUGUCAGCUCUACCAACCCAUGGCAGCAGCAGCUAAACCAGAAGUACUCCAACUCUAAUAAUAAUUGUGAUGAUCUUGAUCAGGAUGUUUCAAACUCCAGUACUUCAUUUACCAAUGCCUCCAACCACUCAAGCCUCAGCGUCGACUCCUCUCGCAGAAUGCUUGCUGAUCAGCGUUCUGCUUCUUCCAACGACGACCUAAUUAAUGGCGAACAGGUUUCUGAGAAUCAUAUUUGGAACCAUGUUCUAUUAAACGCUAAUGCAAACCAUGAUUUAAGCAACGAUGAUCAUGGUGUUGGAGAGAACUUCCUAGAUGCACUGUCAUCCAAGAGCUUGUCAACUCAUCAUGUUAUGUACAAUGAGCCUGCUUGUGACGACUUGAAGAAGUUGGACAACAAUAGUACUUGGGAGUUCAUAAACUCAGCUGCCUCCAAUUUCAACAAUUUUGAAAAGCAUAUAAAUGGAGGAUUCAUGGACAACAACAUGAAUAUUAGUAUUGAGAAAGAAAGGAUAACCAAGAUGUCUAAUCAAGUCAGCACCUGGUCCAUUGCAUCCCCAGAACCACAACUAGUACUCAACAAUAUGCCUCCUCAUCAAAUAAUGGAUCAAGAAAACAAACUUUGUUCUACUAUCUUUCAUCAUGAUCGUCAGUACUCACAACCAAAUCUCUGUCAUUUAAAGCCACAACCGUUUUUUAAUGAUUCCACAUCGUCAUGCAAUCCUCAGAUGGGAAUUACAAAUAUAAACUCCGGAUCCAGUUUAUUUUCCUGUUACAGCAGUCAAAUUAUGAAGGUAGAUGAUCAGAAUCAUGGACACCAUAAUGGCAUUGAACAUCAGAUUGGCCUCAACAACGCAACGGCUGCAUAUAAUCAUACUAGCAAGUACUUCAAUGGAAAUGGAUCACUAGUGUCGGAUUCUUAUUAUUCUUCAUCCACUAGUACUACUGCUGCCAGAAAUUUAGCAGAUGUUGGAUCUUUUACGAGUCAAUUAGGAAAUAAACCCUUGAUUGACCUUCAUGCUCCUAAGUCUUGUUUCAAAUCUUUCAACUCUUCUGAUCAUUCUAAGAAGCAAACCCUGCAAACUUCUUCGUCGGCAAGAAUGAGUAGUGGAAGAGGACAGGGAAUUGCAAAUGAAGGAAAGAAGAAAAGAACGGACGACACAUCAUCAGAAACAGUCGUGAAAAAGCCUAAGCAAGAAACUUCUACAGGAUCAUCUGCAAAGAUUCAGGCACCAAAAGUCAAGCUUACGGACAGAAUCACGGCCCUUCAACCAAUCGUGUCUCCGUUUGGAAAGACCGAUACAGCAUCAGUAUUAUAUGAAGCGAUUCAGUACAUUAAGUUCAUGCAAGACCAAGUGCACGUGCUACUGAAUAGCCCUAAUUUGAAGACAAAUUCACCAAAGGAUCCAUGUGCGAUGGAUAGAAAAGAUUACAAGGGGGACACAAUGGUUGAUCUCAAGAGCAAAGGCCUAUGUUUGGUACCUGUUUCAUGUACCCCUCAAGUUUAUCGUGAAAAUACAGGAUCAGAGUAUUGGACACCAACAUAUAGAGGAUGUUUGUAUAGAUAAUUAACCAAGUGCAUAUAUGAUAGUUUUAAUUAUAUAUAUAUAUAUAUA